UCCCACUCCCCCUUGUAAAUUAACCACAGCAGUAUUCCUCGCUGCCACUGGGUGCAGCCGGUCGGACAUGGCGAACCAGGACGUGGUGUUCCCGCCGGACAUGGGCGGCAUCGGGGCGGCCCGCGCGCUCUUCGCCUGCCGCGGCGCCGCGUCGACGCUCCGGAGCGCCCACCUUGGCAGGCAGGGCCUGAUCCCCGGCACCGUCGACGACGAGUAUCGCGCCCCCCGCCCGUCCACCAGCAGCAGCUGGGUCGUCGAGGCCAUCCGGGCGUCCUCCCCGGCCCGCUCCCCCGCCGUCGAAGAGCACGCCGCCUGGACGAGGAGGCACCCGUCGGCGCUGGGCAGCUUUGAUCAGCAGAUCGCGUCGGCGGCCGAGGGGAAGCAGGUGGUCGUGUUCAUGGACUACGACGGCACGCUCGCCCCCAUCGUCGCCGACCCCGACAUGGCCUUCAUGAGCAACGAGAUGAGGGAGGCGGUGCGUGAUGUCACGAAGCACUUCCCGGCGGCGAUCGUCACUGGCCGGAGCGUCGACAAGGUACACAGCUUCGUUGGCCUCUCCGAGCUAUACUACGCAGGCAGCCACGGCAUGGACAUCAAGGGCCCAACCUCCAAGGACACGACGGCGGCGGCGGUACUCCUGCUGCAACCUGCUCGCGAGUUCCUCCCGGUCAUCGCCGAGGCUUACGAGGCGCUGGUGGAGAAGACCAAGGGCACGCCUGGGGCCAGGGUGGAGAACAACAAGUUCUGCCUCUCCGUGCACUUCAGAUGCGUUGACGAAAAUAGAUGGAGUCCAUUGGCCGAGCAGGUCAAGGCCGUGCUUCGGGACUACCCCGAUCUGAAGCUCACCGAAGGCAGAAAGGUUUUGGAGAUCCGGCCGUCUAUCAUGUGGGAUAAGGGCAAGGCUGUCGAGUUCUUGCUCCAAACGCUCGGAUUCGACGGCCGCAGUGACGUCCUGCCGGUGUACCUCGGGGAUGACCGGACCGACGAGGAUGCUUUCAAGGUGUUGGGAAAGAGAGAUCAUGGUGUAGGCAUUCUUGUCUCCAAGUGCCCCAGGGAGACCAAUGCCUCGUACUCUCUUCAGGACCCCACCGAGGUCCUGGAGUUCCUUCUCCGACUGGUACAGUGGAAGUGCCGACCAUCUUCGUCGGCGAUGUGUGCAAGGGUUUAGGGGCAGUGACGUGCGUACAGAUCUCAAAGCUGACUCUGGCUCUGAUUUCUCAAGAAGUUGGAGCAUGUUUAAUUAACUAGUCGGUUAGUUAAUUAAUAGUAACGCCUUGUUAUAACCCUCCUAUGUACGUAUCAUGAUCACCUCACUCGAUUUGUACCAAGCUGCCUCGCCACCCUUAACUCAGCCCAAGAGACUGGUGGUUCAUCCCUGUAUGACGAGUGAUCUGUUGAUGCAUGACUGUGACCAGGUCAUUACAGUAAAAUGUAACUUAUAUAUAAGAACCAAUGGAUAAUAAUUACUACGUGAUCCAA